CAAUAGAAUAAAUACUCGAAUUACUGUCAACCGGAAAUUAGGUUUCGCUCCUUCUUUUCUGUUUGGCACAUGCAACGUGUGCGAUAUCUGGUUCAGCGCUGAUCAGUUUUGAGAAAAAGAAAUUGAUUAUCUCGGCCAGGAAGAUAUUUAAACAAUGGCAAGCACAAAAGUCGACAACCCUGAAAAACCAGGACAAGAAGUAACUCCUAUUCACAGAAUUAGGAUUACGCUUACCUCGCGUAAUGUACGCUCUCUUGAAAAAGUUUGUUCUGAACUGAUCAAUGGAGCAAACAAACAGAAACUUAAAGUAAAGGGGCCAGUUCGUAUGCCUACGAAAAUUUUGAGGAUAACAACACGUAAAACGCCUUGUGGUGAAGGAUCAAAGACGUGGGAUCGUUUCCAGAUGCGUAUUCACAAGAGAGUUAUUGACUUGUAUUCACCAUCUGAAAUUGUUAAACAAAUCACAAGUAUCUCCAUUGAACCUGGUGUUGAAGUGGAAGUUACAAUUGCAAACGAAUAAACCAUCUGAAUAAAACUGUACAAAGUUUUAAUAAAAAUGUAAAAAACUGAAA